AUGGAGGUCGAUGAUCAGACGGAGCAGACUUCGGCCGCGAUACCUCCACCCGGUCUCGUUCAGGUCCCGCAGCCAACCAUUGUCAAGCCGAAGCUCUCCGACGGCGCCGGCGCCCCGCAGAAGAAGAACCAGAACAAGAAGAAGGGCGGCAUGCUGGAUCGUAUCAAAACAUAUCAAUUCGACCCGACCGCUAAGGCGACAUUCGGUGCACCGAUCGGCGAGAAUGGCGACGAAGAGGAGGAGGAAGGAGAAGAUGAAACGUUGAUGAUCACUGCCUCGGGCGAGCGGAAGCGUGACGUCCAAUCGUUGGCGCUCAGCCUCAUCGACAAGGGCAACCAACAAGUGGCCCUGAGGGGAGGAGGAUCAUCCGGUGGAGGAAGGGAUAGUCGAGACAAGAAGAAGUCCAAAAAUAAGGAGCCGGAACCGGCCUGGAAAGUUGCUGCGAAGGAGAAGCGCAAGGCUAGGAGAGACGCAGCGCAAAGUGGCCCGAAGUUGAACACAGAAGCGGCGAUGGCUGCCGUCGAGAAGGCCGGAUUGAUGAACGAUGCCAUCAUCGAGAAGGAGGUCUGCUCAGAAGAGGCGACGCUAGCUUCGCAAGAGGGAUUGGAGAUUCGAGGCAACGAGUCUCGCCAUCUGCUGAUGACCAAGCUGAUGCGCAUCAACCGCUCGUGCAUUCUGCUGCUGAAAAACAUGGUCGGCCCCGAGGAUCUUGACGAGCACCUAGAGGAGGAGGUGAAGGACGAAUGCUCGAAGUAUGGACGUGUUGAGGAGGUUCUGAUCGUCAACGACGAGGCGAACGGCGUCGUCAAGAUUUUUGUCCGCUACGCCGAGCCGAAACAGGUGGACGACGCGAAGGCGCAGCUCGACAAUCGUUUCUUUGCCGGGCGGACGAUCAGCGCGGUCAUCUACGACCAGGCCCUCUACGAGUUUGGCGACUACUCGGGU